AGGGAGGUGUGCAACAAUUUCCUGUAGUUGCAUGCUGAUCUGAGUCUUUCAACCUUCCUCUCUAAGCUUGCUUGUCACAUAGAGGAGCACAGACGAAGCUGAGCGGAACAGGAUGCAGGCGAUCAAAUGUGUGGUCGUAGGAGAUGGAGCUGUGGGUAAAACAUGUCUUCUCAUCAGCUAUACAACCAAUGCCUUCCCUGGGGAAUACAUUCCCACUGUCUUUGACAAUUACUCGGCUAAUGUCAUGGUGGACAGCAAGCCAGUAAACUUGGGCCUCUGGGAUACAGCAGGACAGGAAGAUUACGACAGGCUUCGCCCGCUGUCAUACCCCCAGACGGAUGUCUUCCUUAUCUGUUUUUCGCUGGUGAGCCCAGCAUCCUAUGAGAACGUCAGAGCAAAGUGGUACCCAGAGGUUCGUCAUCACUGCCCAUCCACUCCCAUCAUUCUGGUGGGCACCAAGCUGGAUCUGAGAGAUGAGAAGGACACCAUUGAGAAGCUGAAGGAAAAGAAGCUGGCACCCAUCACUUAUCCACAGGGUCUGGCUCUGGCUAAAGAGAUAGAUGCUGUUAAAUACCUGGAGUGUUCGGCCUUGACUCAGCGUGGCUUGAAAACGGUGUUUGAUGAGGCCAUCCGGGCUGUGCUCUGCCCUCAGCCUGCCAAGGUCAAGAAGAAGCCCUGUUCACUCCUGUAAAAGGACCAGAGAAGAGCAACGCCACAUUCAGACUCUUGACUCUGCCUUAAGAGAAGAUUUCAAAGUUUUUUUUGACCAGCGUUUCUUAUAAAUUUCCACUGUAAUUGUAAA